CACCAGACUGCACCCUAAGCACCUCCGCCCUCUUCGUGCAUCCCAAGGGCACCCUCUCCGCUUGCUGCGGCUCCCAGGACAAUCCCUGUGGCUCACUGGAAGCAGCGUUAGCAAGAACAUCUGACAACGCUACAGUCACACUCGCUUCAGGAACAUAUGCCCGCACCGCUUCCCCUCCAUCCGCCCCCAUCCUCCUCCCUCCCCUCCUCGCCCUCACCAUCCUCGGCCCUACCCUCCCCUCCCCUCCUGCCGUUCUUGACUGUAAUGGCGGCCCCUGCCUUGUUGCCUCGUGCCAAAGCACCCCUGGUGCUGGGAAUGGGAGUGGGGGUAGCAACAGCAGCAGUGGCAGCGGUGGGAGGUGGUGUGGGCAGCAGCAGCCGGUGCUGGUGGUGAAGCAUUUAAGUGUGCUCAAUGGAGUCACAACGGGGAGUGGGGGCUGCCUGCUGUUGGAUGGGUACCGUGCAGUGCUCAGGUGUGUAUUGCGGUGCUGUGCGGUGUCGCUCAGUGUCUCUCUUAGGGAGGAGGGCGUGGCAGGGGGGUAUGGUGGGUGCAUCGCUUCCUUCUCUGCUGCCAACCUGACCGUUCAAGACUCCAGCUUCACUGGCUGCAAGUCAAUGGCAGGGGGAGCUAUAAACGAGUUCAACUCCUCAACCACCAUCGCCAACACCACCUUCACUGCCUGCACGGCCGACCAGGGAGCCGACUUCUCAGUCUUCCCCUCAGGAGGCGCCAUCCUCUUCAACACCUCCCUGCACAUGCACAUCCGGGACUCCUCCUUCCGCCGCUGCGCCUCGACUUUUACUGGCGGGGCGAUCAGUGUGCAAUCGGCCGUGGCGCCGCUGACAGUCACGGGGAGCGUGUUUGAGGAGAACCAGGCGUUCAUGCAGGGGGGGUGCCUCGAGCUUAUUAUGCUGCCUGGAGUCACGGAGAUUCUCGAUUGCCAAUUCAUAAACAACGUCGUCACAAACGUGCCAUCCUUCGCAGCAGCAGUGGUGUCGUAUGGUGCCGCCCUCACAGUGCGCGCCUGCCUCUUCCAAAGCAACGCCGCCUCGCCCACCCCUGCUGGCGACGGCAGCGCCUCCGCCACGUACCUGUCGCAGGGAGCAGCACUGAUGGUCUUUGCCUUCAUGGACCCUCUCUUCCCGAUUACCAUCGCUGAUUCCACCUUCAAAAACAACACGGCAGGGCAGGGGGCAGCAGUGUAUCUGGAUGCGGGCAACGUGACUGUAACGAAUUGCUCCUUUAUAGAGAACGGCGACCACGGGAAUUCCAAGAUCGGCGGAGCUAUGGUCUCCCGCGCCACCACCGCGCUCACCAACUGCACGUUUCACGGCAACAGGGCGGCCAGCCAGGCAGGGGCGCUGCACUUCAUGCCGUACGGUCCGCUCACCGUCACCAACUGCUCCUUCUCCAACAACUCCGUGUUACUCGCCCAAGGCGGUGCAAUCAACAUCUAUCCGGGCAUGUCCCCUGUGGACAUAUCGAGCAGCCGGUUUGAGGGCAACAGGGCGGGGCUAUCCCGGGGAGGUGCUAUCUACAGUGAGAGCACAGAGAUGCGAUUCACUGACGUGCUCUUCAUGGGAAAUGAAGCUGGCCUGCAGGGCGGGGCCGUCACAGCCUAUGGAGCAGAGUCAGAGGGCAAACCCGCUACAGUGGCCUUCACCAGAUGCACCUUCCAGGGCAACAGGGCGGCGCUGGGGGGAGGUGCUAUUUACUCAGGGCUAAGCGUGGGCAUGCGCAUGGAGGGGAGUCAAAUCGAGGAGAACGAGAGUGAUGGCACGGGAGGGGGGAUCCUCAUACAAGAGGAGCAGGUGGGGGGUUGGAGAGCGUGUGUGUAUGUGGGUGGUGAACGAGGGGGACAAGCGGGGCUGAGUGUGGGCAUGCGCAUGGAGGGGAGUCGAAUCGAGGAGAACGAGAGUGCUGGCACGGGAGGGGGCGUUCUGGUGCAGGAGUUUUCACAAGUGACGUUGGCGGAUUGUGACUGGGGCGGCUGCCUCUCCCUCCUAGCCAACGCAACAGCCCGCCUCUCCUCCUCACGCCUCCACCUCAACCGAGCCACCAGCGAAGGAGGAGCAGCCAGAAUCAGCGGCGCCGCCACUCUCUCUCUGCUCUCCUGCAACGUCUCUCAAAACACUGCCCCCUGGGGAGGCGCCGUGUGGGUGGAGAUGGAAGCAAGGCUCCAAGCAGAAAACAACACAGUGUUUUCCGGGAACCGGGCGGACUAUAUGGGGGGCGUGGUGUACGCGACGCAUGUAUCGGAUGUGACUGUAUCGAAUAGUUCUUUUACCGGGAAUUACGCGCUGCACGGAGGUGCGAUCGCGGCCGAAGCCGAGGCGAAUGUCUCGGCGGUUGAUUCGGCGUUUUCUGGGAAUGCUGUGUCAGCGGUGCUGCUGCAAGGGUUGGCAGAUGGGCGCUUCACCAGAUGUACCUUCUCCAGGAACAGGAACCCAGCAGGGACAGGUGGCGCGCUGCGAUUGGCCGACGGGGUUGCUGCGGUGGUGGAGGGGAGCAGGUUCGAGGGGAACGUGGCUGAGCUGGGCGGAGGAUUGGCGGUUGAUGGGCAGGCUCGGUUGGACCUAACCUCAGGUUCGGUGUUCAGUGGGAAUUCCGCGCAGGUGGGAGCAGGGGCGGCGUUUGUAGGGACGGCGGUAGUAAAUGUAUCGGGAUGUGCUUUUAAGGGGAACAAUGCGAGUGUGGCGGGUGGGGGGGUGGCUGUGUUAGAGCAGGCGUCAGGGGGGGUGGGAGGAAGCGAAUUCAGUGGGAACUAUGCGGUGCUGGGCGGUGCAGGGAUGUACGUGCUGCGAUCGCCUCUGGGGACCACAGAGAAGGGGGGAACAGCAGGAGCAGCAGGGACAGCAGGAACAGCAGGCACUGCUGCUGGAGCAGGAGGUUCAGGUGGAAAGUCAGGUGGAGGGCGCCAGUUGCAGCAGCAGGGGCAGCAGCCGGGGCGGCUGGUAGUGCGGCAGUUGGGUUUUGAGGGCAACAGCGCUCUGUAUCGGCAGGCAGCGGCUUUCUUUGAGGCCACCACCCACCGCCACCUGCGCUCGCGGUGUGAGGGUUGUUCGUUCCGAGGGGCGGGGGACACCCAGGGCACCAUGCCUGCUGGAUUCUCCAUCAAGUGGCCGGGAAGGGAGGAGGACUCGAGCAUGGUGAACGCGAGGGGGGAAACCUUUGUGGUGCGGGCAGCAGUGGGGGCGCGCAUAGAGGGGCUGCAGGUGCUUGUCUUGGACGCCCUCAACCAGAGCGUGGCGCAGGACAGCACGUCGCUGGCUGCCGUGUCGCCUGAUAGUCGGAUCAGUGGCGACCUGCGCGGCACUGCCGCCAAUGGCGUCAUCACCAUCCCAUCUAUCGGCAUCCAGGUCACACCGGAGGAAGCCCAGUCGUUCGAGGUCACAGUGACCCUCUCCUCGCCUGCCAACGCCUUCCCCCCCGUCACCCGUGCCUUCAACAUCUCCUUCUGCUCCGCGGGCGAGUUCCUCAAUGCCACCUCGCUCACCUGUCAAAACUGCUUGGUUGGCCACUGGUGCGAGGCAGGACAGCCCAUGCAGCCCUGCCCAGACGGCUUCUUCUCUUUCUACCCGCGAGCCACCACCCCCGCCGCCUGCACUGCGUGCGAUGACGAAAAUAUAGACUGCACCUACGGCAUUCUCACCGUGGGGUACCAGAGCUGGCUGGACCUGCAGUCGCUGAAUAACACCCCUACCACGUACAGCUGUCUGGUGGCGGAUGGGUGUGAGGGGUAUGAGUACAACCAGCAGUGGGGGCAGACCACCCCUCAGGGCGUCAUGGUGCAGUGCCAGCAGGGCUACGACGAGUCCAUCCCCACGUGUGCGGGGUGUGUGGAAGGAUAUUUCCUCGUGCUGCAGCAGUGCACUCAGUGCAGCAGCACUCUCACAAGAGUGUUCCCCCUGCUGCUCAUCCUGGUCAUCCUAGCAUGGAUGGGAAUGAACAUUCUCGCCGACACAUUCAGCAGCAUGGACAUCUUUCUCAACGAUCUCCAGCUGCUGGUCAUGAUCGCCUCUUUCAACCUCAACUACCCCGAUCGAUGGGUGCAGACUCUCGUGAAAAUCUACAACUUCGCGGUUUUUGACCCGGACGCCAUAGGCCCGCAGUGCAUAUUCAACUACACAUUCAUCUCCAAGUUUUACCUGGGCAUCUUCAUCCCCGUUAUAGGCCUCUUCGUUUACGCGCUGCUGUACGCGCGGCACCGCUGGUGGGGCGGCACGACCUGGUCGCACAUCUACUCGUGGACCCGCGGGCCCAACCCGCAGGCGCGCCUCAUGCGCUCGGUGACAAGGCGGAGAGCUUAUAACGAGUAUGAGAACUCGAUCGUGCACGCGUCGCUCAAGUGGCUCGAUCUCUGCUACGUCUCGGUGAUGGUCCGCGUUCUGUCUGUGUACAAGUCAAUGACAGUGGGGGAUGCGGUGCUGAUGGCAGCAGCACCACAGAUAGCAUGGUUCUCAUCGGCGCACAUCGGCAUGUUCACCGUGUCGCUGCUCGUCUCUAUCAUCUACCUCCUCGGCCUCCCGCUCUUCUUCGCCUUCCUGUUGCUCGACGCGCACGCCUCCGACGCCCUCUCUUCCAACCUCUUCCGCCAGCGAUUCGGGUGGCUCACGGAACGAUACAAGCGCGAAUUCUGGUGGUGGCAUCUUGUAACAAUGGGGCUUCGGCUGGUUCACGCCCUAGUUCUCGUGUUCCUGCAGCAAGACACUCGCGCGCAGAUCGUGAUAAUCCUCCUGCUCCAAGCACUGAGGAUAGGCUCACAGUACAAGUCGUCGCCGCUCGCCUCCCUUUCCCUAGAUUAUCUCCAGGCCUUCCUCUCGCUGGGCCACUUCUUCUUCACCCUCGGCCUGCUCUGCUUCAACUACAUCAAACUCCCCGCCUUCUCGCAAGCCGUCUUCGCCCUCUCCUCCCUCCUCAUCCUCGCUCCUGCUGCCUUUUCCCUCGUCUUCGAAGCAAUAAACAAGGACUUAGAAAUUGUGAAUCGGCAGCUGUUGAACCGAGUGUGGAAGGGCGAGCGGAGGAGAAACAAGGCCAAGUAUGAUAAAAUGGACCCGGAGCAUGGGACGUGGCAUGCUGCUGGGGAGGAGUGCUGCUUUGUGGCGCGAGCAGGAGGGAUGCGAGGAGGUGGGGAUGGAGUGGGGGGGGGAGGCGGAGAGGGAGGGGGAGAGAGAGGGGGAGAGGGAAGGCAGCUUUUGACAGCGCCUGGUGGGGUGGGAGGGGAGGGAGGAGGAGCAGGAGAAGGAACAGGAGCAGGAGCAGCAGCAACAACAGCGCAGCUGCUGUCAGCAGCGCCAUGGGCACCUCGCAUCGAGAGGCAUGUGAGCUGGGCGUCGUACGGCAGCAGCAGGGACUUUGACGGCAGCGCCUCCGGCCGCAACGCCGCCUCUGCUGCUGCCGCCGCCGCUGCUGCUGCUGCUGCCGCUGCUGGUUCUUCACCUAGCAUGUCUCCAUUCGCCCCUGGUGGGGCUGCAACAGGGACUCCGGGUGGGGCUGGUCUCGCAAUGUCCCCGCUUUCUGGCAUGUCACCCAUACAUGGGAUGUCCCCACUCUCAGGAGCGAACGGUGCUCUGCCUUCCAGCACGGUGCAUGCCAUGCACGGUGCUGCUGGUGCUGCUGGUGCUGCUGGUGCUGCUGGUGCUGCUGGUGCUGCUGGUGCUGCUGGUGCUGCUGGUGCUGCUGGUGCUGCUGGUGCUGCUGGUGCUUCUGGUGCUGCUGGUGGUGGUGGUGCUUCUGGUGGUGCUGCUGGUGGGUCGCCCAUACACGGGGUGUCGUCGUCGCCCUUGCUGGAGUUGCAUGGCAUGUCACCUCUUGCGCCAGUAGCAGCAGGAGGGCCGGGUGCAUCCCCUCUGUCUCGUGUGUCGGGUCCUGGAACAGACGUGGAGGGAGGAGGAGGGAAGUCCCCCCUCUCAUGGGCGCUGCAAGGUGGAGGAGGAGCAGUAGAAGGGGCAGGAGCAGGAGGGGAGGGAGGGCCAGGUGGGGGGACAGGAGUAGGGGCAGGAGGAGGAGGAGACAUGGAGAAUGGAGGGAUGGGGCAAGCGAGGACGGACAGUAUCAAGGUGCAUGGGCUGGUGUCGUGGGCACAGGCAGGCGGCGAGGGUGCUGGGGGUGGGGAGAAAUUUGAGAGGCUGGGUGGUGAUGGCGCGGAGGGAGGAGGGAUCGAGGUUCAAAGAGAAGGGGAGGGAGGAGUGGAAGGAGAAGCAGGGGGGAGGGGGGGAGAAGGAGAGGGAGGAGGAGAAGCAGGAGGGGGAGAGGGAGGCGGAGUGGAGUACGUGGAGGCGAGGAUGAACAUGGCGGAGCUGACUCUCACCUUCCAGCGCCACCUCUCCGUGCUCGUGCGCGCUGAGAAGACCAAACAGGAGGGCUCCCUGCGCCUGCUCUUGCAGUCUGAGUGCAUCCCGGACAUCCUCAGCUGGCUCACCAGCUCUGACUGGUACGCUGAUCAGCUGCUGCUGAGGGAGUUGGUGCGGGUGGCAGUGUUAGAAGAGACCGGCGGGAUGUACGGGUUCCGCGGUCACCCAGGCGGAUCAGAUUCCUCUAAGGGAGCUGGUGCGGGUGGCAGCGUUAGAAGAUCCAGGCGGGCUGGACUGGUUCCGUGGUGUGCGGUGCUUGUGCUCACUCCUCCCAAUCCCUCCUUUCUCCCUUUCCCGCUGCAGCGCCCAGGCGGAUCAGAUGCUUUUAAGGGAGCUGGUGCUGGCGGUGAGAGUGGCAGCGUUAGAAGAGCCAGGCGGGCUGGACUGGUUCCGUGGUGUGCGGUGCUUGUGCUCACUCCUCUCAAUCCCUCCUUUCUCCCUUCGCCUCUGCAGCGCCCAGGCGGAUCAGAUGCUUUUAAGGGAGCUGGUGCUGGUGGUGAGGGUGGCAGCGUUAGAAGAGCCAGGCGGCCUGGACUGGUUCCGUGGUGUGCGGUGCUUGUGCUCACUCCUCCCAAUCCCUCCUUUCUCCCUUCGCCUCUGCAGCGCCCAGGCGGAUCAGAUGCUUUUAAGGAAGCUGGUGCUGGCGGUGCGGGUGGCAGCACUGGAAGAAACCGGCGGGCUGGACUGGCGGAUCAGAUGCUUUUGAGGGAGCUGGUGCUGGCUGUGAGAGUGGCAGCAUUGGAAGAAACCGGCGGGCUGGACUGGUUUCGCGGCGUGCGGUGCUUCUACCGCAACCGAUUCGCGUUCGUCAACAAGGGGGGAGGCAAGGGGAAGGGGGGGAAGGGUGGAGGAAAGGGGAAGGGGUUGGAGGGGGGAACGGGUGGGGGUGAGAACGGUCGGAAUGGUGAGGGAAGCAGCCAGGGUAGGGGCCUUCUGGGGUGGUUUCAAAGAGGCGAGAAGCAGACAGCUACUGGUGCUGCUGCUAGUGGUGCUGAUGGUGCUAAUGGUGCUGCUGCUGAUGGUGCUGAUGGUGCUGCUGCUGCAGCUCCUUCCUCGGGUGCCUAUGGGAGCAAGGGCAACCUGCUUUGA